CAGCAGCCCCCACCCUUACCUGACACAACGACUAAUGUCAUCCAUCCUUCUUCUCCCUGCUUCAGUGUUGGUUCAAUUGGUUGCUGACGUCAUUGAACACAAAAGCAACAAAAGUAACAACGAAAGGAAUAGAAUUUCGCAAAAUGUUUGGUGUUGGUUGUUGAAGCGUCGCUCUCAUCCGAUCUGUUCUCGUAUACACGCGAUAAUAAAAAAAAGUUUGAACUCACUGAAACUCGAGCAUGACUCCGUAUGGAUUUUUACUCGGCCUGUGCGCGCUCGCGAGUUUAUCAAAUGGCCAAAAUCUAAUAUCGGAAGGUUCGACGCCAAUCGAAGAUUUCAUAUGGCCCCCCCGUUAUACGCAUUACGAAAAUCUUACGACCCUUUUUUGCGGACUUGUGAAUGAGUAUCCAAACUUGGCAAAAUUACAUUCGAUCGGUAAAUCGGUUGAGGGUCGCGAUCUUCUCGUUCUCGAGAUAUCGGAGAACGUGAAGAAUCGUGGAUUGCUCGAACCAAUGGUGAAAUACGUCGCGAAUAUGCACGGAGACGAAUCCGUCGGUAGAGAACUCAUGGUUUAUCUGGCUCAGUAUCUUCUUCGGAAUUAUCAUACCGACGAGAGAAUCGCUAAAUUGGUCAACCAUACGGACAUAUUUAUCAUGCCGUCCAUGAAUCCCGAUGGUUUUGAAAAAUCUCACGAAGGCAAUUGCGAUUCCAAUUCGGAUUGGUCAGGACGCGAAAACGCCAACAAAAUGGACUUGAACAGGGAUUUUCCGGAUCAGUUUGACAGCCGAAGUAAUAGAAUACCAUCGGGAGGAAGUAUAGUCGACGGAAGACAAAACGAAACUGCGGCUAUGAUGGCAUGGAUCGUGUCACAGCCUUUUGUACUCUCCGGAAAUUUUCACGGCGGGGCGGUAGUUGCCAGCUACCCCUACGAUUCUGGAACGUCGCGCCCCCGUGACAUUGAGAGCAAAUCACCCGACGACGAGCUCUUUAAAUAUUUGGCUCGUUUGUACGCCAGUAAUCAUGUCGAAAUGCGCAAGGGCAACUCUUGUCCGCCGGAUAAUUUCACAAAUGGCAUUACAAACGGGGCAUACUGGUACGAAGUUGUAGGUGGUAUGCAAGAUUUCAAUUACGCCCAUUCAAAUGCGCUCGAGAUUACGUUUGAACUGAGCUGUUGUAAAUAUCCAAAUGCUUCGUCGCUGCCGGAACAUUGGCGCAUGAACAAAGAACCCCUUCUCAAGUAUUUGGAACAGGCUCACAUCGGAAUCAAAGGUCUUGUUUUAAAUGAGAACAAUCAACCGAUCGAGGUGGCUCAAAUUAUGGUCGAAGGAAUCUCUCAUAACGUGACUACGACGAAUCGCGGUGAAUAUUGGCGAUUACUAUUACCUGGAAAUUAUAAGAUCAGCGCUAGUGCCUGGGGAUAUCAAACGAGCGAGCCGAAAAUCGUAACUGUUGCCGGAAACGAGCCAAAUAUCGUCAACUUUGUAUUGCGCUUUGAUUCUUCGCUCGAACAAGAGCGUAAAAAUAAAAAUCUGGAGAAGGUGAAUAAGAGGAAGGACGAGUACGGAUUCAUCCGCGAGACGAAGUUCGUUCAUCACGGAUACAAAAAUAUGUACGAAUAUAUGAAAGAGCUAAACGAGGAGUAUCCAAGUAUAACGCGAUUGUACAGCGUGGGACGUUCGGUGGAAGGUCGGGAAUUGUACGUAAUGGAAGUAACGUCGAAUCCGGGAGAGCACGAUCCGAACAAGCCGGAAAUGAAGUAUAUCGGGAACAUGCACGGUAACGAGGUCGUCGGCAGAGAAUUGAUGUUGCUUCUGUUGAAAUACAUGUGCGAGAAUUACGAGAUAGACGAGAGAAUAACGAAGAUGGUUAACGGUAUUCGAUUGCACGUUAUGCCGAGCAUGAAUCCCGAUGGAUACGAAAUUUCUCAGCUCGGUGAUGUAUUUGGUGUGGUUGGAAGAGCGAAUGCAAGGAAGGUCGAUCUAAAUCGUAAUUUUCCGGAUCAAUACGGGGAAACGGAGUUUAAUCGGGUACAAGAACCGGAAACAAGAGCCGUUAUGGAUUGGAUUGAAAAAAUACCUUUCGUUCUGUCGGCAAAUUUGCACGGUGGGGCACUCGUUGCAAAUUAUCCGUAUGACGAUGGUCCGAGCUUCGGAAGUUAUUCGAAUCCGAGCCCCGACGACGCAAUAUUCAGAGCCCUCGCUCUCGCUUACUCGAACGCCCAUACCCGAAUGCAUCUCGGUAAGCCCUGUCCGCCUUUGCCCGGUAGUCCACCGGGCCUCCUCGAGGAACGUUUUCCACUCGGUAUUACCAACGGUGCAGCCUGGUAUUCGGUAUCCGGUGGUAUGCAAGAUUACAAUUAUCUCCAUAGCAACGAUUUCGAGAUAACCCUAGAGCUCGGAUGUACGAAAUAUCCUCGAGCCGAGGAAUUGCCAAAUUUGUGGCUCGAAAAUCGAGAAGCCCUCCUCGUUCUCAUCGAAAUGUCGAGAAAGGGUGUUCACGGGCUUGUGCGCUCCUCAAUCGGUAAUCCGAUCCCUCGUGCCAGAAUAACCGUCGAAGGUAUAGAUCACGAUAUUUAUACAGCGAGUCAGGGUGAUUACUGGCGUCUAUUGUUACCCGGAAAUUACAACGUGACCGCGAGCGCUUUCGGCUACGAAGCCUCUACCCGAGCAAUCACCGUACCGGAGGCUGGUUCGCGCGAGGCUACUCUCGACUUUACUUUGAUGCGCGACGACAACGACCAUUGGUCUUCCGCGUAUGAUUUCCGUCAGACGAUCAACAUGAGAAACGGAUACCUACAAAAUUCUGAAUUGAACGCGCGUCUGAGCGAGUUGGAAAAUCGAAACCCGGAAACGGCAGAAUUCAAGGCCGGUGAUUCAUUGAUCAGCAUGGCUAUUCAUUCUUUAAAAGUAACUCACUCGAUGGGCGCUCCGGAAGAGAAGAAAUUUCAUAUUGCGCUGAUCGGUGGGCUGUACGCUUCUCAACCGAUAGGACGAGAAAUGAUUUUGAGAAUGGCGACUCAUCUGCUGACGGGAGAUCGUAUCGGCGAUCCACCGAUAAUGAAGCUACUCGAUAACGCGGUUCUUCACUUUAUACCCGGUCUCGAUCCAAAUUUUCAUCGUGUCCCGGACCAUUGUAACCCCCUCGUUGUUAACGACGAGGUUGGAAAAAUAUUGAUCAGCCAGGAGGACGAGGAUGCCGAGGGUCUCGACGCGGUUACCAAUAGCUUUCGAAGACUUUUACGAAACGAGGCUUUCGAUGGGAUUGUUACUUUUUCCGGUGGAAAAAUAGCGGUCGGGCAUACGGAAAGCAAAGGGGAGAACGAGAAUGUGUUUAGGGCGAUGGCAGCGAGCUAUCGAUCGCAAAUGUCGAUGAAAAAAUGUCAACUACCGAACAACGAUUCGUUACUCCUGGCAAAUUAUAUAAAACGAAAGUACGAUAUACCUGUGAUCGAUCUGUCGCUCACCUGUUGCAAAUAUCCACCGGGCGAUAUGAUAUCAACUAUUUGGCGUGAGAAUUUGGUACCGUUGAAGGAUUUGCUUAUGAAACUCGGAACCGGUGUCAUAGCCGUAAUACAGAGUGCUCGAGGUGAACCGUUGCGCGAUGCCAAAGUACGAAUUGAAUCGAGCACGUACCGAGUAUCGGGGAACAUGGCUUAUUUCAAAAAGAUACUCUUACCGGGAAGUUAUUCGAUCGAAUUCUCAUGCCCGGGAUACGCCUCGAAGAGGAUCGGGCUUGAAAUAAAGAAAAAUUUUAUUACGAGUCUCGUUAUAUCGCUCGAGAAGAAGGAUACUGCGCAACGUCCGAGCAACCGUACCGCCGACAUCGCGGAAGCAGACGACUCUUAUCGUCUCUUUAACGAAUUUAACCGCAAAUAUCCGAGUAUUUCCAAGCUUCAUAAAAUUGGCAAAUACACGAGAAACGGCAAAGAAAUAAUGGCCCUUGAGAUAGGAAUACAGAACGACGAGAUCGAAUUGACCGGUAGACCUUCCGUUAUCAUCUCCGCGGGCAUUGGUCCGGGUGCUCCCGCGACUCGUCAUAUACUCACCGCAUUCGCCACUCAUAUUCUCAGCAAUUACAACAAGGAUCGUGAUAUUACCGGUUACAUUGAAAAAUUUAAAAUCUACGUCGCGCCAAAUUUAUAUCCGCGCGAGACCGAUGAAACGCGGACGUGCUCGACCGAGUUGCCUCGGAACGAUGUACUCGAAUUCCCGAUCGGCGCCGAGCUUAAUCCUGAUUCUCGCAUUAUCGUCGAUUGGUUCGAGAAAGUCAAUCCCGUUGUCGCGGUUAAUUUUAAUACCGGCUCGAAACACGUCGAAAUACCGUACGCCGGGGGCAUUCUCCGCUCCCUCGCCGACACUUAUGUCAAAUUCGCUGCUCUUGGCAACUCGAGCUUGCCCUGCAAUGCCACCGGUGACGUUCGCAUCGCUCCGCGUCCCGCCUCCCUUAUGGAUUAUCUUUACCAUUAUUUGGGCACGCUCGUGAUAAACGCUCAUGUCGCCUGUUGCAAUACCGACAACGUUCAACCGCUCUCGCGGCGGUACAAUACAAACGCCCUCCUGGCUUUACUUAAAUCCAUUGAGCGGGGCGUCACGGGAUACGUCCUUACGGAGGAUGACCAACCGAUUGCCGAUGCCAUUAUCACCUAUGAUCGAUACGGUCAUUUCGUUAUUAAUCACAAAAAUGGGGCAUAUUGGAUACCGUUGUCACCCGGUACUCAUACCCUCGCCGUCAACGCUCAUGGCUACAUUUCCGAUACCAAAGUCAUCGUUACUCCUGAUCUCAACAAAUUUUCUCAUCUCAUGUUCAAGCUUAUUCGUGACGAGAGCGUUCUCGGAAUGCCCAGAUUGGUAUUUGUCAUUGCUUCCGGUAUAAUAUGUCUGGGAAUCGUCGUUCUUGCGGUUUGCUGUUACGCGAGGUGCCAACCACGGAGAAACGCCCCAACAAACAAUUGGAGAGAAUACGCUUUUAGUCUUCUCGGCGAUGGUGCUAGUUUUUUCGACGACGAUGAGAAAGAAGUCGAAAUAUUUAAACGGCCGGCCAAUCGAGCGGAAAUAGAAAAAGCCAAGGAUGUCAUGGUUCAGCAGCGGCCCUACUUUGACGACGACGACGGCGAGCAGGAGGUAGAAAAACAAUGCUAUUCGAGUUCCGGUGAAGAGAGCGAUCUGGAAUUUAUUGGACCGAACGAUCGAGAUUAUGAGGAAAAAAAACCGAUUGUAACGAAAAACUAAGCAUACGAAACCGUCCCUUCUUUCAAUUAGUUACGUAGUAGAUAGGGGAACAUGGGGCAAAGUGGCCACAUGGGGCAAAGUGGCCACCCACUUUUUUGGGGCAUUUUUGAAUUCUGGGGCAAAGUGGCCACUCACGCAAUUCCGAUUUCUGGCGGGGCACAGGAUCAGUGAGAAUUCUAUGUUUUUUGAGAAAUUGAUAGCUAUUUGAGGCAGAGGGUGAGAAUCAUUUUGCGAAUUACUGAUAAAUGUCUAUUUUAUUUUAAUUGACAAAAAUCGUACUUAUAAUGGACUUCAUCUUCAUCAAUACCUGCACAUACAAGGUGUGCGCCCAUUUUAGGCAUGUUUCGCAGCGAAUUCAAUCUUUGGAGGAAUGCGAAUAAAGUUAAUCGCAGAAAAUACACGCAACGUCCGCCGCAGACAAGAAUUUUUCUUUUUUCAUGAUCUCUUUUUUCUUACUCACUAGAUUUGCGCGAUACGACAGACUCGUGAUAAUGGCGGUUUUCCCACGAUUUGCCCCCGAUAAGAACGGGCUUUUGCCACUGGUAAUGGCAAAAUUUAUCCAAGUAUUCCGACUAAUUCUUUUUUCAUCCCAUCGAAGGAGGGUACCUACUAUGCCUCGUUUCUUUUCGGUUUAUCGCGGCCUUCAAUGUUCCAUGCGGGAACAGUCUAUUACAACGUCUAUUUAACCAGAAGUGACAAUUAUCGAUUUUCACCGCAUUUGAGAGGGUGGCCACUUUGCCCCAAAAAAUUUUCUCGACCAAAUGAGGAAAAAGAGGAUGAACAAAGAGUUUUAAGAUUCAACAAUAGUCGAAAGAUCAUUUAUUAUCUGAUAAAGUGGGCUGGAUAUUCAUUUUCGGCAUGAAAAAAAAUUUGGCAAAAUUUAUCGAAGUAUUCUGACUAAUUUUUUUUUCAUCCCAUCGAAGGAGGGUUCGUACUAUGCCUCGUUUCUUUUCGUUUUAUCGCAUCCUUCAAUGUUCCAUGCGAGAACAGUCAAUUCCAACGUCUAUUUAACCAGAAGUGACAAUUAUCGAUUUUCAUCGCAUUUGAGGGGGUGGCCACUUUGCCCCAAAAAUUUUUUUUUUCAAAAUUCGAGCAAUAAGGAGGUGGAAUCAGUUUGGGGACAUAAAAAUAAGUAAAUGACCAUGUGCUACCCGACAAAACUCCUUAAAUUCCUUAAGUGGGCCACUUUGCCCCAUACUCCCCUAAUGUUAUUUAAAAGUUUGAAAAAAAAAAAAAAAAAAAAAAAAUUGUCUCAUCGGGAAGAAACCAACUCUCGGGUAUUUUUACAAUUUUAUAUUUUUAUCGCACGUAAAUUAGUGCAUGAAAUUGCGCGAAUACACGUACGUAGAGACUGCGAAGCGAUAACGAUAAUUUAUAUAUUAUACAAACUUUUGUAAAUCCAAAAGACGAAGAUACGAGCGAGGGGAGGAGGGAGAAAGGAGAUGGGAAGUAAAUCUAUUGAAAACGCUGCGUGAAGCGAUGGUACAUCGAGCAACAUUCGACCACCAGAACCAGUGAAAAUAUAUAUUUUAUGAAUAAACGGCGCUUCCACCAA